GCGGGGCCGGGAGCCGCUCUCAGUCGGGCAGCGGGGCCUGAGUCGGGGUGCGGGAGCAGCGGCCCCACGGYGGGUCCGGGAGCUUCGGUACCGCUGUGUGUGUCAGGGAAAGCCAGGCCUCCGCCCGGGCUGCAGCAGCGUCAGCAGAGGAACAAAUAGUCUAUUUAUAUGAGAUGGCACAUCUGUAACAUGGUCCCAUCUCCCUGUGUUCCCAGUGUAACUGGAUACAYGAGGGAUUACGGUGUGUCGGAUUAUCAUGGAUGUAAAAUCAGUGAUCCGUACUGCUGGCUUGAAGAUCCUGAUAGCGAGCAGACGAAGGCAUUUGUGGAGGCUCAGAACAAGCUUACAGUSCCCUUUCUUGAGCAGUGUCCUGUCAGAGGACUGUUCAAGGAACGAAUGACUGAACUCUAUGAUUAUCCUAAGUACAGCUGCCACUUCAAGAAAGGAAAAAGGUAUUUCCACUUCUACAAUACAGGGCUCCAGAAUCAGCGAGUUUUAUAUGUACAAGACUCCUUGGAUGCCGAAGCCAAAGUUUUUCUUGAUCCAAAUAAGCUUUCUGAUGACGGCACUGUGGCCUUACGAGGUUAUGCAUUCAGUGAAGAUGGUGAAUACUUUGCAUAUGGCCUGAGUUCUAGUGGCUCUGAUUGGGUUACUAUCAAGUUUAUGAAAGUAGAAGGUCCUGAGGAUCUCCCAGAUACUUUGGAGAGAGUUAAAUUCAGUUGCAUGGCAUGGACCCAUGAUGGAAAAGGCAUGUUCUAUAACUGCUACCCAAAGCAAGAGGGGAAAAGUGAUGGCACUGAGACCUCCACUAAUCUGCACCAAAAGCUGCAUUAUCACGUAUUAGGAACUAACCAGUCAGAAGAUAUCCUAUGUGCUGAAUUUCCUGAUGAACCAAAAUGGAUGGGUGGAGCUGAGGUGUCAGAUGAUGGUCGCUAUGUCUUGCUGUCUAUCAGAGAAGGCUGUGAUCCAGUGAACAGACUGUGGUACUGUGAUCUACAGAAAGAGUCUCAGGGUAUAUCAGGAAUUCUUCARUGGGUGAAGCUGAUAGAUAACUUUGAGGCUGAGUAUGAGUAUGUUACCAAUGAAGGAACAGUGUUCACUUUCAAGACAAACCGCCAUUCUCCAAAUUAUCGGUUAAUCAACAUUGACUUCAGUGAUCCAGAUGAAUCCAAAUGGAAAGUUCUCAUCCCUGAACAUGAGAAGGAUGUUCUAGAAUGGGUUGCUUGUGUGAGGUCCAAUUUCCUGGUUUUGUGCUACCUGCAUGAUGUGAAGAAUGUCCUGCAGCUUCAUGACCUAGCCACUGGUGCACAUCUCAAGACUUUCCCCCUAGAGGUUGGCAGUAUUGUGGGAUAUAGUGGCCAAAAGAAGGACACUGAAAUAUUCUAUCAGUUUACUUCCUUUUUAUCUCCAGGUAUUAUAUAUCACUGUGAUCUGACCAAAGAGGAACUGGAGCCAAGAGUUUUCCGAGAAGUGACUGUUAAAGGAUUUGAUCCYUCGGUUUACCAGACAAUUCAGGUUUUCUACCCUAGCAAAGAUGGCACUAAGAUCCCAAUGUUUAUUAUUCACAAGAAAGGAAUUAAAUUAGAUGGUUCUCAUCCUGCCUUCUUGUAUGGAUAUGGAGGCUUCAACAUAUCAAUUACACCGAGCUACAGUGUGUCAAGACUUAUAUUUGUGCGACACCUGGGAGGUGUGCUAGCAGUGGCGAACAUAAGGGGCGGUGGUGAAUAUGGAGAGACCUGGCACAAAGGUGGUAUUUUGGCCAACAAACAAAAUUGCUUUGAUGACUUUCAGUGUGCUGCCAAAUAUCUCAUUGAGGAAGGCUACACGUCCCCAAAGAAGCUGACUAUUAAUGGAGGCUCAAAUGGGGGCCUCUUAGUUGCUGCCUGUGCUAACCAGCGUCCUGACCUGUUUGGUUGUGCUAUUGCCCAAGUGGGAGUGAUGGACAUGCUCAAGUUCCACAAGUACACCAUUGGCCAUGCKUGGACCACUGACUAUGGCUGCUCUGACUGUAAAGAGCAGUUUGAAUGGCUGUGCAAGUACUCUCCACUUCACAAUGUCAAGCUACCAGAAGAAGAUGGCAUCCAGUAUCCCUCCACGCUGCUUCUCACAGCGGACCACGAUGACCGUGUGGUCCCUCUGCAUUCUCUGAAGUUCAUCGCCACCCUGCAGUACGUKGUGGGCCGGAGCAAUAAACAAACCAAUCCACUUCUCAUCCAUGUCGACACCAAGGCUGGGCACGGAGCGGGAAAACCAACAGCUAAAGUUAUAGAAGAAGUGUCAGAUAUGUUUGCUUUUAUAGCACGGUGUCUAAAUCUCGAGUGGAUUGAAUAGGCAAAAUGCUUAUUACUGUCUCCUUUAGAAAACAAGGGCUUUAACAUUUAAGAACAGCCAGACUACAACUUGGUGUAGUACUUACAUUUAAGAACUGCAGUUUAAUAUUUUAUUGAUCUGACCUGCUAUGGAGUUUUGAUCUUCUGUGCUUCCCUCUUUUUUUGGCAUUUCUUUGAUUUUUUUUCUACUGCAUUCCAAAUUCCAUUUUGAAAAGCAUGUUCAAAAAAAUAGCUGAGCUACUUUCAGUACUGUUGUGAAAAUUUAGGUUUCAAAAUUAAUGCUAGUUGAGCUUAUUUCCUGUAAACAAUUUCAAUGUAUUUCACCUAUAAACAUAUCCAGAUCAUUUGUAAUUAAAUGUAAGUACUGUUCGCAUACAAGAACUCUAAGCAUAUUUUAUUUACACAGUAAUUUAUUUAAGAAUGUAAAUUGAAGGUGUUCAGUGAUAACCAUGAAAAACUGAAGAGACAGUAAUCCAGUUAAGUCAAAUACUAUUAAAAAGCAUAUAUUACAUGCUGUUCAURAACAUGUUAAAAUCUAUAAUAAUGAUGUUGCUAAAUUGUUCUUUCCUUACAAAGASAUUUUAAAAUGUCACCAGUUGUCUCUUCUGCCACUUAUUUCCACACAGAAGAGAAAACUCAAGCCAUACAUAUACACUCCAACAACCCAUGUGCAGUUAUUUCUUGAACUGUUUCYGAAGGGUAGACCACAUGCUGAUUUAAAUAAACAAACAAAUAUUAAAUUAACACAAAAUGAAACAAAACCCACUUCAACYUAAAGCCACAACUUUGUCCAGAUUGUUCAGGUUCAGUUUUUUCUGAUGCUUCUGACAGGACGUUCUCUAGCAAGCCAAAGUCUGAACAUGCGUAUAUAACCUAGUUUUGGCUGCAAAACAACAAGAGCUCAUAGUCAGAUUCCCUAAUGAUUUGACACAGGAACAUUAUUUGAACUGCCAUUUUUCCCAUCUAGGCUGUAGAGCUGUAAAGAGAUUUGCCUACUGUCUARUCUCUGAUGCACUGCAGCAAUUAGAGUUUGAUUUUGCAGAGAAAAAAAGUAUUCUAUCAACUUUUAUUAGUCUUGUUGCCCCUCACUGAGAGAAACAUCACUGUUUCUCAGUUUUGGAUGAACUAAUACAAUCUUCCAGAAUCAUGCUUGUCAUUAUAUUCRUAGACCCUAAGGAGUGUAUUUUAACUCUGGGCUCAGGAGUUUUAUCUCUAAGCAAACAGUGUCUCAGUGGAGGAAGAUGAGGGAGUGGUGCUUAAAGGAGAGGAGGAUGCUCUGAACAGCAGCAAAAAUAAAAAUAAAUUUGUACCAGAGUCACACUGUGUUUCUCUUAUCAUCUGGAUUUCUUUAAGUUCCCGCUGGAGUCCAGAAAAGAUCAUAAUCUCCUUGUCCUUAUUAUCUAUAGUUAAUUUGAUUUUAGGAGAAAAUUAAAAAUUAUUUCUGCUUUUAUAUGAAAUACCACACCUAAAACCUKUAUGUGAUCUGGGAUUUAUUUGGGAUCCACAGGCAUUACUAGUUGUUUAUAAGAUACUCUGUAGACUCUUGCAUUCUGAUCACAGUGUUGAAUUAAACAAUCAGAAUAGGGAGUUGAGGAGAGGGUUGUUUUUUUUCCUUCCAGGCUGUGAAAACAGGGUGCAGGUUCAGCACCCUCCUUUUUCCAGAUGUAUGUGAACUUCUUUCUUUGAUCAUCUGGAAAUUUUCAACAGCUUCUCCACAUGGUAGAAACAAAGCACAUACAGCACUGCCAUCUCCACUUGAAAUGUUCACAGUUGUGGCAUGUGGCAUUCUGUUGAAUUUACGGUUACUGUCAAGAGGGCAGAGCUUCUCCUCUGGUACRGAGCUUUUCAGGAUAGGGUGUGUGGAAAAUAUGACAUAGACAUUCAAGAAAUAGAGCUGAACUGUGUAGGUGCAGUGAAUUGCAAAUGCAUCUCUAGGUCUGUUCCUGAAAAUGCUUUUCCGUGUCCUCCAAUUGCUCAAACACAAAACUUCUGGMACUGGUUGAAAGGAACUCCUUUCCUUUCUGAAGCCUUCUGUUGAAGCUGAGUUUCCUGAAUUGGUGUCAUCACAGACAUCCCAUAAUCUGGGGAGUUUGGAAACAAGCAUUUCUCUUUGAGUGAUAAUCAGUAGUAUUGAAGGUGGAGCUGGCUUGCUGGAGACACCACUCACAAAGUAAGUGUUUCAGAGUAUCCCUUGUGGAAUGCUGGUGAAUUGGGAAGGCAUUGUCUUUCUGUAACAGGGUCUUCAUGUCAACAUUUAUUUGAUCUUAAUCAGCUGUGCCAAGUUCAGAAUUCAGGUGCCAAGAAAAUGGUGUUGCGAAGCUGUCCUGUUAUCUGAGUUGCUGCAUUGGGGCAGAUAGGGUCAUGCUGCAACUGGAAUCCGUAAUUAAGUCUGAGCGAGUAAUGCUCUUGUAAUAUAGUGGGAUUUAAACCUUCAGGGGUUUCAUUAAAUAUACCUGGAGCCAAACCAUUCCUGCUGUAUAAAACAUAAUGAAAUUUCUGCUAGCCUUGCUUCAAAGUUAAGUUCUUUUCUCUAUACUGGAAAUGCUAUUUUAUAAAGAUGCUCUGUGUUUUAUGGCUUUURUUUCCAGUAUGUGAAGCAAAAUUCACUAGCUGGGCAAGGUAGUCUCCUUACAACUAUCUGCUUUUUCAAAACCAUGUUAGAAAAAUAGGUGCUAAUGUUUUGCACCAAGAUCCAAACCAAAAAAGUCUUGUAAAAGGCUUAUGCUACAUGAAGAAAAAAAUAUUUUUAUGUGGAAAUAUGUUAACUUUUUACAUAUUUCUCCUGACACUCUUCACAAUAGAUGUAARGAUACUUAGUUGUCUUUCCUCCCAUGAGUGUACAUUUACAUUAGAGUUGAUUUAUGUGAAAAAGGUAACUAGUAUUUUUAAAAGCUGAGUCUUAAUUUUCUUUACAGAGAGAGAUAUUUGAAUUCCUUUGCAUUGGAGUUAAUUUACAUUUUGGUAGCUGCAAAAA